AUCAUCUAUUUUCUAGGGUUUUGAAAGAUUUUGAAGUCUGCUCCCUCCACUCCGCCCCGCUCCCAAUUCGAUACCCCAUACUCCAACCUUUUCGCUCGGAGUAGUGCUUGCUCUCGUCUUCUCCCCGUCGGCGGUUGCCAUCCUCUUCGGCCAGCGGCGGAGGGUGCCCCCCUGACGAACACCGGGCAGCGACGGGAUCGGCGUUGCCGCGGGCGGUGAUCGUGUUUUCCUCUGGAGGCUAUCUCGGUCUCCAUGGACCCCCAGAGCCACCCGCCACCCCCUGGCGAACCUUCCGCGGCCGCAGCCGGAACUUGCGCUUGUGACUGCCGUUGCUGCGGUCGUGCCUCCCUCGACUCCGACGCUUGGGUCCCCUCACUGAAGCGGAGGAUGGACGAGAUGGAGGCGGCGACGCCCUCCGUCUCGCCUGCUGCCGUGGAUGACGGCGUUGUCAGGGUGGAGAUCGCGGACGAGGCGGCGGCCGUCUGCGGCCACCUGCAGUCGAUCCAGGAGCUGCGUACGGAGCUGGAGGAGGAGAGGAGCGCGGCGGCGUCAGCCGCGUCGGAGGCCAUGUCGAUGAUCCUCCGGCUCCAGCGCGAGAAGGCCGAGGUCCAGAUGGAGGCGCGCCAGUUCAAGGGCUUCGCCGAGGAGAAGAUGGCGCACGACCGGCAGGAGAUCGCCGCCCUCGAGGACCUCCUCCUGAAGUAUGACGAGACCAUUCUCUCCCUCUCCUACGAGGUCGAAACCUACCGCCACCGCCUCUUCAGCUCCGGCAUUGGUGUUUCCGAUGCCCCUGCAUCCGAGCCAGAGUCUCCAGAUGAGGCCACCACUGCCGACGCCCAAUUCGACUUCUCAUGCGGCGACUACCCUCCAUUAAGAUCCACCUUGUCCGCCGACGAUGCUACUAUCGACACGUACAAGUACCCAUUCGGGGAGACCCCCCGUGAGCACCUCAAUAAGCUCGAAGCACGCAUCUCCCAGCUCGAACGGAUGCCAAGCUGUGGCCAAAUGAGUAACGUGGUAGACAAAAUGGUUGCCAUGGGGCAUUCGCCUCACCGGCCGAUUCAUAUUAAGAGACUCUCUGUUGACAGCUAUGGUUCAAGCCUGGAGUUCAAUAAGGGGGAGGAGUUCCCAAUUACCAUGGACCUUUCUUCUGAUUGUGGUGUACAGGAUGACAUGAGCGACAGGGUAUAUACAAUAGACACAAUGCACAAGGCGGCUGAAGACUAUGUCAGCCUGGCAAGGGUGGUUCAUAACGAGAAGGAUACGAAUGGUAGUGACGAGGAAGCAGAGAUAAGAAACCUUCGCUUGAGGCUUGAGGCUCUCGAGGCAGAUAGGGAGUCCAUGAGAAAGACCUUAAUCUCUAUUGCUACUGAUAAGACUCAAGUGGUCAUGCUGAACGACAUUGCUCAGCAUCUCCACGAUGAUGUGUCUUCUGAGAAGAUUGUCAAGAAACAGCCUUUUCUCAAAAGGUUCUCACUCAUGUUAAUCAUUAAGGCUGCGGUAUCAUUUGUGUUUCAGAGAAAGAGAUCAUCUCGAAUCAGGUAUAGUUUUGGGCUAUCAGCAAAUAAUGCUGGCUUGCUGCUGCUUUUGGACAGGGCUGCUCGAAUGAGGCAUCAGAGAUUUCUUACGAAAACCCAAGGAGAGCUUCCAACUUUUCAUACACAGCCCAAGUCAUCAUCUCAGCAUGUAAAUUCUUAAGAGAAUCCGAGUGACAUUAUCACAUUUUCCGAUGGCAUUCUUUCCUGGUUUAAUAUGAUAAUGUUGGAACCUUUGAUCAAGAUAUUAAAAGUGUCCAAAUCAGGUACACAGUCUUCCACUUUCAUCCUAGAGAAAAGGCCUCCCUUGUUUUCAUCAUAACAUUGAAGGUUUCGGUAUCCAAAGCAUCAACUCUUCUAUCAAGUAUUUGAUGGAACAACAGCCUACCGGAUUCCUCUUCUCUUGAUCGAACCAACUUCUCCAGAAGGAUGCUACAAGAAGUUACUGAAGGAUUAAAUCCGCGAUCAAUCAACUCAUUCAACAAAGACAGACCUUUAUCGGAUCUCCCAACACGAGCCCACUGGUGCAGAACAUAAUCAUAAUCUGCCGGUGUGACAUCAAAGCGGAGAUGUAUCAUUUUACGAAGCAAAGAGUCGGCGAUUGAAGCAUGCAAAAGGGAUACAGUCUGUCGUCAAAACCACAAGAGUAGCCGAGUAGGUCAGGUCAGACUGUCAUGCUCGAAACCUUGAAGGUUGUCUAACCAUGCAAAACACUCGAAGGCUAUGUCAGGUUUCUUGAUGCCCUUGAGGACUUUGAACAGCAACCGAGGGGGUGAUUCCAGAGGCAGAAGCAGCACAGAGCUCGUUAAGCAACACAUCCCACUUAUCUGUCUUCUCGAGAACAGCCGCUACACUCCGUACCAAUUCAUUCGUAGAUAUUGAUUUA